UCCUUUUCCGGCCUUAGUGUGCAUGGUCUUUCCGGUUCACAAGUUGUGUGAGAUCCGAGAGGGAGAGAAUCGGAGUGAACAGAGGCGGCAUGUCUGAUAACGAGGACAAUUUUGAUGGUGACGAUUUUGAUGAUGUUGAAGAAGAUGAAGGACUUGAUGACUUGGACAAUGCUGAAGAGGAAGACCAGGAGCAUGUUGCAAUCUUACCAGCUGGUGAAGGCCAACAAGCAAACCAGAAACGGAUCACAACCAAUUAUAUGACAAAAUAUGAGAGGGCACGUGUUUUGGGUACCAGAGCGCUACAAAUAGCAAUGUGUGCACCUGUUAUGGUAGAGCUGGAAGGAGAAACUGACCCCCUGCUUAUUGCUAUGAAGGAACUAAAAGCGAGGAAGAUCCCUAUAAUCAUUAGGCGGUAUCUUCCUGAUGGCAGUUAUGAAGAUUGGGGAGUGGAUGAACUCAUCAUUACAGACUGAAGCAUCUGGACUUUCCUGUUCUCAGAUGUUCCCUUUUUUGUUUUAUUUGUCUCUAGUUUCUUGUAAUGUUGUAAAGAAAGAUAUUUUAAAAUAAGUAUUUUUGCAGUAUUUAUAUUUCUACAUGCCAAUAUGACACACUGAUGGUGUAUACCCAUUGUAUUCAUUUCUGUUUCUACAGAGAUGUAUUUAACAAUAUU